CCUGGUUGAAGGCACACUGCUUCCAGUGAGUCCGGCUGCUGCUGCUGCUGCUGCUUUGAUGCUUCAUCACAAGAUGAAAUUAAUCCUUUUUACUUUGUUCCUUUGUGGAUUCAUCCUGGAAAUCAAUGCAGGACGUGGUUUACAAAAACUGAAAGAACCUUGGCAGUUCCCAAUAAAAUCUCUUCGGGUGGCAUGUGAGGAAUCAGUGGUUCAAAUAGAGUGUGAAGAAAAUGAGAUUAUAUUUGUGAUCAAUGCUAAAUAUGGACGCAGCGAUCAGACGACGUGCUCCGAUGGGAUACCUGAGGACCAGACGACAAAUUCUGCUUGUGUUUCAAGGGCAGAUUUAGUGUUUCAGAGAUGCAACGGCAAAUCGGAGUGCUCUGUCUUAGCCAGUAGCUCUGUGUUCGGAGAUCCCUGUGCAGGGACCUACAAGUACCUGGAGGUGCUAUAUCUUUGCUUCAAGCCGUUUUAAAAUAAUUGACCCUGAAGCGACCAUCAGAUCUGCUGUGUGAGGAUGAAAUGCAUCAUAAUCAGUAACAUCUCCAGACGUUGUGAUCCACUCAUGUGCAGCUUCAUCUCUCUUCAGUGUCUUUCAGUUUUCUUAUCAUUUUAUUUGUUUUUCUUUUCCAAUUUUCAUCCUUUUUUCUUUAAUUUCAACUUUCCUCAAUAAACUUGACUU